AUGUAUUCGUCACUUUAUAUUUUCUUCAUUCAGGCAGAGGCUGCGGUCGACCGUUUAGCUCCGUUGAUUGGGGAUUUAGAUAGUGCUGAUGAAAUACGAUUCCUUUUGCUGGAGCAGCGCUUUCUGGAGCAUUUGGAGGCGAACGAAGUGAUGCCUGCGGUCACCCUACUGCGGAACCGCAUCACACCGAUGCAACGCAACACGGAACGUGUUCACACGCUGGCGAGCUGUUUGAUGUGUCGAACUAAUGUAGAACUUCGUGCACAAGCUGGCGGCUGGGCCGGUAAAGAUGCGGGAAGCCGUUUACAGCUUAUCAAUCGAAUUCAGGCUUUUGUCCCCCCUCAGACGAUGUUGCCUCCUCGACGACUGGAAGAACUUAUAGAGGAUUCAGUUCGCGCACAGCUGUCCACUUGCAUUUUCCACAACCCUCCCCUCGGUGUUCCUACGGACUUCAAUAGUAUAUCACUUUUGCAGCGACACGCCUGUGGCAUAUUGGCUGCAUGCUGUGGCGAAGAACAAGGUUCUGUGCUUGUGUUUGACGUGUUAAGUGGACAACAGCUGUGUAAUCAAAAAGUGCAUGACGAAGACACCUACUCAUCGGCAACCUUCUUUGCAGACAGUCGAAAGCUGGCUUUUGGGGGCUUGAAAGGUAUCUUCUACGUCAUGGACACCGAAGACCAAGGUCGGAUAUUGACAAGUGUUGAAGGCUACCGUGUGCAAGGGAUGGCGGCCAUUUUACCUUCGAUGCCCCACGUUGGUUUGGACGUGAACUUGGACGGAAACAAACUGAAUUCAGGCUUGGAUUUUAGCGCCCCUGGAGCUCCAGAUUCUAUUCUGAGUGGUUCUGUCCCUAUGGAUUCCACCCUAUGUCCCUUUCCGAAUGCAUUAACUGGCCAGGUCGAUCAGUUGUUGAUCGCUGACAGCCUACACCGAAUCCGAUUGUUCCGUUUCGGAAUGAUUGGUCCCGCCACAAAUUCCGCUGGUCCCACCUUACCGCCAGGUGUUCCAUCAGAGUCAGGUGACCCUUCUACACCCUCUUCUGAUUCUCCGCCGACCGCUGCCUCUACUGCGCCUCCUACAGCAACCACAGUCACUGCAGUUAGUACGGCAACCUCAACAACUGAGGAAGAACACACACAGCUCUCCAGUCCAACUGACCUCUCCGUUUACCUAGCUUCCAGCGGGGCCCCCGGAGCUCCAGGUACGGGUUCCGUCAUAGUUUCCACCGAUAGCUCGAGCGUCGUGCCCAUUUCUUCUGUUGUGAGCACGGCUUCUGAUAACCCAUCCAUAGCGGCUGCUCUCACCGUUGCUCGUCUGUCCAGACAACAGCAACGUCUACUUCAGUCCAGUUUGAAUAGUGGAGCCACUUCUACUGGACAGUUAUUUUGGAAUCCCCAGUCUCCCUAUCAUUCGAGCCGCUCCAUUCCACACGGGCUGAACACACAGACAAGUUCCGUCUCUUCCUAUUCCCCUGCAUCCUCCACCCUACCCCCUGGCAUCUUAUUUGACAUGCCCAUUCUACCUGUCAGUUUGGCUCGACUGGGGCCGUCCAGUGCUCAGGGUUUACAACAACCUCCACAACCGUCCUCCCUCCGCCCUGUCUUACAUCAUUCCGGUUCCACACUGAGUGGCACCCCCUAUACAGUGGUCUCCUCGUCUAGCGGAGGCAACUUAGGAUCUGGUGGCAGUAGCCUGACCAUACUAUUUGGUACUCCGCUGGAACGCUCAGCCUCAUCUACAUACCCGGGCCCUACCAGUACCACAACCGCUACGACCUCCGCCGAAGUCCGUGCUCUGACUGCGGCUGCUGCAGCGGCCGCCCUGGCCGGAUCACACUCACAGUCCUUUGCCGCCCUGUCAUCAUUCCGGUUCCACACUGAGUGGCACCCCCUAUACAGAUCUGGUGGCAGUAGCCUGACCAUACUAUUUGGUACUCCGCUGGAACGCUCAGCCUCAUCUACAUACCCGGGCCCUACCAGUACCACAACCGCUACGACCUCCGCCGAAGUCCGUGCUCUGACUGCGGCUGCUGCAGCGGCCGCCCUGGCCGGAUCACACUCACAGUCCUUUGCUGGGCUAGUUCAUUCAUUAACUUCAAUGGUCGCCGCGACAUCCUCACUGGAUACAAGCAGCAGCACCUCUGGCGCCGGUCGUGCUGCAACAGCUACAACGGAUGCCAGUGUUGGCCCAGUGGUGUCCACAUCCACUUCAACUGUGGCUGCUCUGAGUUCGGCGGCCAACUUGGCUUCCACAACAGGUUCGUCUUCUGUCACUUCCACCACCGGAUUCACACCCUCCAGUGCACAACCUGCUACACAACUCACCAACGGAAGCAACUACGGUCUACUGGAUCACCGUACCUUGUUCAAGGAGACGCACGCGGUUCAAUCGAUCACAAUGUCUAGGUCCGGACAGCGUGCUCUUAUCACAAUCCACAAGAUGACUGAGUAUGGAGACGAUAUUGUUCUCCUUGGUUCAGAUCCUUCCCAAAUGGAAACGAUUCUAAAUAACGUAAGUAACUCUGCAGCACGGUUUGGCAUGCGCUUCGCACCUGCUAAUUGUAAAGUGCUGCUACAAGACUGGGUGGGAUCAAACCCACACCUCAUGGUUGCGAGUGAGCCAAUCGACGUGGGCAGCUGUAUACUUUCCGGUGGACUGGCUGGAGUUGAGUUUACUUCUCAAAUCGGAAAGGCCAGUGCGGCUUUUGCCAACCUUCGUGACAAAAGGUCGGCCCCAAAAACCGCACACUCCGAUCGCCCAACGGUUGACCGUGACCGCCGGCGCAUUAUCCGAUACGGUCGAAAUACUUUUAAAACCAAAGAGCCCGGUGCUGCUCAAAAGGCACCUGCUGUGCGCAGCCGCAUCAGGAAUGAGACAGUAAUGCCUUAUUCCCUGCGCCCUCGGGUUAGGCCAACCCCCUGCAGCCGAGCAGGUCAGACUAUUGAGUCAUCGGCUCCGGGCAGGGUCCCCAAAGAAAACCCUACAUUCUCCCACUGCCUCGUGGGUCAGACUUUUGAGUCAGAGGCUAGGGUCAGGGUCCCCGAACAAAACCCUACGUCAUCCCACUGCCUUGUGGGUCAGACUUUUGAGUCGAAGGCUCAAGGUGGGGUACCUCAACCAAACCCCCUUCCUCGGCCUGGGCAACCGGGAAGUAUCAUUUGCCCGCGCAGUUCAGCGUCCACCGAUGUCCCUCCCCAACCCCUUCCCACUGCACAAGCAAACGUCGCUGGGCCAUUUGACUGUCAGUCAUCUGACCGAAGGGCCUUAUGCUCCACGCUGCCUACAAACCUUAAACAAAAUAACACCUUUCUAAAUCCACGAGAUCCUUUCUAUAUAGGAGCUUUUAACGUCCGUACUCUAUGUCAAAUUGGCAAACAGGCAAUGCUUGCUGAAACCUUGUACUCCCUUAAAAUUGAUGUAUGCUGUGUCUCCGAAACACGCAUACAAGACCCGAGCGUGGUUCUGCAUCUCAGAACGCCAAGGAUGAACUCAGCUCUUUCACAUUUCUCCCUCCGUGUGUCUGGUGACCCAGAAGCGAUGACUCGUGGAAUAUAUGGCGUGGGAGUUGCACUCAGCCCCAGAGCUGAACGCGCUUUGCUGGAUUGGAUCCCAGUGAACAGUCGUCUCUGCGCCGUCCGGUUAUCCAGUUCAAUCAAGCUCAAUGCCUCGCGGCAUAAAAAGCGGUGCCUGUUUGUCGUGUCGGCUUAUGCCCCAACGGACUGCAGUUCUGAUGCGGAGAAGGAUACUUUCUAUCGAGAGCUAUCCGGGCUCAUUCGUCAGGCAAAAAGCACUGACAUUGUGAUCCUUGCAGGCGAUUUGAAUGCUCAAGUAGGUCGUCUGAGCUCCUUGGAAUCACAUUUGGGUGGUCGAUUCGGAGUCGAUGCUCGCCGCACAGACAACGGAGAUCGACUCCUUCAGUUGUGUGCUGAUCACGAACUGUUUCUGGCAAGUACGAACUUUCAACAUAAACGUUCGCACCGCGUAACCUGGCGGCCGCCAACUACAAAUCAACCGUGGACCCAGUUGGACCACGUGGCCAUCAGCCACCGGUGGAGAGCCACAAUUCAAGACUGCCGUUCUUUCUGGGGCACACCACUUGAUUCCGAUCACGCCGUGGUGCGCGCACGCUUGACAGUUCGUUUCCCUUCAGGCCAUUGCAAGUCGGCAAGAAGCAUGCCAAUCCACUAUCUUCGAAGAACUGCCGUAGCUCAACAGUAUCGAUCUGAGCUAGCCCAACAACUCUCCACAGUAAAACAAUACUGUGGUGGCAGUGAGCAUGUGGAUGAAGCGUGGCAAAAUGUGAAAGGAGCUAUGCUAGCGGCGUUCAGUACUGUCUGCCCGACUUCUCCAAUUCGACCACAGGACCACUGGAUGUUGUCGAGCUCGUUAUCCAUCAUUGAUACCAGGAAAGCCAUACCAGCAGGCAACGAGUACUACGGCGCACGCAAAUCCCUCAAACGCCAAAUAGUGAAGAGUCUAAGAAAAGAUCGAGAGCUCUGGUGGACAUCGAAAGCUCUGGAGAUGGAGAAGGCUUUUGCUUCGGGAAACAGCCGUGUCCUUUAUCAACUGAUACGAUCGACUGGCCCUAGGAAAGCAACGGUCAGCUAA